CUAGGACUUUUAAUACAAAGCCAUUUCUGUCUGUCCCCCGAGAAGGGAACCCAGCUUGCAAGUCAUGGUGGUUGGGGCAGGGGGAGGUGGGAGGAGGGAGUUCUCUGCUUAGAGGGAAAAGAGAAGAGAAGAAGGUCAGUUCCUUUGGGCUAGGUCUGUCCUUGCUAGGUCCGGCCCAGCAGACAGGCUCAGGGUGAGUGGAGAAGAUUCCUGUGGCCCUUAGAUUCCCAUAACCUUUGGACUGGGUGACAUGGUCUUUGCAGAGAGGAAGGAGAUGGAGGUCUGGGCCUCGGCAGGGACCCUGGUAUCUUGAAAUGACAGUACUGCUGGCCUGAGGCUUGGAUCAUUCUGAGCCUGGGGGUGGGCUGGUGGACAGACUGUGACCCCAGUGAAAUGUUCAGGGCACUCCCACUGUUCCUGGUUGAACUUGGGUGAAGAGCAGGAAUGUGGUCAGACGGGGUCAGUGGGAGGGCUGAGACUGAGCCAAGGGUCCUUCAUUUAGGUUAUUUGGCCUGAAGAAAGCCUUGACUUGGGAGCUUUAGACUGUCAGGGGCUGAAACCUUAGUUCUAAUGUUUGAUCCUGGCAUAGUUCUCUCCUUCUGUGGAACAGAAAUAACAACCUUUCUACCUCUGACCCUUCUGAGUGGGAUGUUCUCUGCGGCCUCACAGCCCUUGGACCCAGAUGGGACUGUGUUCCGGCUCCGCUUCACGGCCGUGGUCUGGUGGAUCAUCACUUUCCCCAUGUUCGGCUUCUUCUUCUGCAUCAUCUGGUCUCUGGUGUUCCACUUUGAGUACACAGUGGCCACUGACUGUGGGGUGCCCAAUUAUCUGCCCUCGGUGAGCUCAGCCAUCGGUGGGGAGGUGCCCCAGCGCUACGUGUGGCGCUUCUGCAUCGGCCUGCACUCGGCGCCUCGCUUCCUGGUGGCCUUUGCCUACUGGAACCACUACCUCAGCUGCGCGUCCCCGUGUCCCGGCUACCGCCCGCUCUGUCGCCUCAACUUCGGCCUCAACGUGGUGGAGAACCUGGCGCUGCUCGUGCUCACCUACGUCUCCUCUUCCGAGGACUUCACCAUCCAUGAAAAUGCUUUCAUUGUGUUCAUCGCCUCAUCCCUCGGUCACAUGCUCCUCACCUGCAUUCUCUGGCGGCUGACCAAGAAGCACACAGUAAGUCAGGAGGACCGCAAGUCCUACAACUGGAAACAGCGGCUUUUCAUCAUCAACUUCAUCUCCUUCUUCACGGCGUUGGCUGUCUACUUUCGGCACAACAUGUAUUGUGAGGCUGGAGUGUACACCAUUUUUGCCAUCCUGGAAUACACUGUCGUCCUAACCAACAUGGCGUUCCACAUGACGGCGUGGUGGGACUUCGGGAACAAGGAGCUGCUCAUUACCUCCCAGCCUGAGGAAAAGCGAUUCUAAACCCUUUCUCUUCUGCUAGGAAGGAGGCGGUCCACUGCCCAGAAACUAGAAACAAGACACUACACUCUGGCCUUCCCCGCCCUGUGUCCUCUGUGGGCCGUGCUUAAGUGGGGGAAGGGGGAGAAGAAAGGAGGAAGGGCACAGGACAGGGCUUCAGGCAGCCCUGCUCGCUUCUCCUUUCCCUCACCCCGCCUGAAGGCACAGGAACCUUCAAGCAGCAUCACCCUUAUCUGAGAGGCCCCAAGAGGCUGAGCUGGCAGGAGAGCUCCACCAUCUGGUGCUAAAAAAAGUCCUGAGGUUCGUAACCACCGAAUCGGUUCUUGGCCUUUACAUAGCCACCUCUUGCUGAGGUCAGGGACCACUGAACAGUGGCUGCUACCUGAAAACCACAGCCAUCUCUCACCACCGGGUCAUUUGCUUGACUCAUGUGUCUACUUAUGUUCUGUGCAUACCCAGGCCUAGGGCCACCAUCCCAUGCUAAGUUUGCUCAGGUGUUCUAGCCCUGACUUCACCUCCAACUUAGAGUGUAUGCUUCCCUAUUUAAGCCUCAGCGUGUCCAUGUGGGUGAUGGCAGGGGAGGGCUGUAGGAUUUGCAUGGGCUCUGCCAGUGGUUCUGACACUACUUUGUGGAGGUGGUGUUCUGUACCUAAAGGGCAACCUGCUCCAGAAGGAGUGCUGGCACAGCACGUAUUUCCCUUCCAUCUGAAAUCUCUGGCUUACAGACUCUUCCUCCUUGGCAAAGGUGUGAGGUGGAGUCAAAGGCAGAUUCCUGCCCCAAAAUGGAAAAUGGGCUUUCUGGUGUCCCCUAUCCUCCCUACUGCCUCAUGCCCUGACCUCUUUGGAUUGAACAUUUUAUUUCAAAUAAAAUUCUCCCCCCCCACAAAA